CAUAUCUCAAAAAAAAAGAAAGAAAAGAAACAACCAUGCCACUGCAGAGGAAUAGCUCAUUUUCUUUCUUAGUGUCAAAGGUCAACGUAUUUUGUUUCACCAAAUGCCCGGCAUUGAUCUCCAGGAUUAGCAAGUGGGGUAAUUUAUAGACUGCACGGAGUUAGGUUGUGGAUUUAGUUUGGCACGAGUCCGAGUCCGUGGAUCCCAGGGAGUAGGGUUUGCGGGGAGGGCACGAAGCGUAGGUACAGAAAAGCCUGAAGCGAGGCACACCCGCUUGAUGGUUUGGUCCGGCGCUCCUCCUCCCUGCGCGCAGAGUGGUUGUGCCCGGAGGUCCCUCCUCCAGGCCACGUGGGCGUUGCGGACCAUGCUUUCCGCUUGUUGGGGAGUUUCCGCUUUGGGAUCGGAGACUCUAGAUUGAGGUCCUGAGGUUGCCGCCGCAGCCCAGUUCCUGCUCAGUGGUCAGGUCUCCACCUGUUCCCCCUCUCCCACAUCCCAGGUCGGCUCUGCUCCCAGCCGGGCUCUAGUCGCCAUGGCUCCCCGCGGGAGGAAGAGGAAGGCGGAGGCCUCGGUGGUCGCGACGGCCGAGAAGCGGGAGAAGCUGGAGAACGGUGGGGAGGCAGUGGAGGAGGCGACCGUCGUGAUUGAGCAUUGCACGAGCUGACGCGUCUAUGGGCGCAACGCCGCGGCCCUGAGCCAGGCGCUGCGCCUGGAGGCCCCGGAGCUUCCAGUGAAGGUGAACCCUGCCAAGCCCCGGAGGGGCAGCUUCGAGGUGACGCUGCAGCGCCCGGACGGCAGCAGUGCGGAGCUCUGGACUGGGAUUAAGAAGGGGCCUCCACGCAAACUCAAAUUUCCUGAGCCUCAAGUGGUGGUGAAAGAGUUGAAGAAGUACCUUUUGUAGGGAAUUUGGGGCAGAAGUCCUCAUGCUGAGCUUUCUGUCCCUGGUGAUGUUGGAGCAUUUAUGACGGGACAUGGCCAAACUUCAGUCAUGUGCCUGAAGCCAUGGUUUCUUCCCCUCCAGAAAUGAUGGUUCAGUUGUGAGGCAAUCCUCUAGUAAGGCAUUGGAAAAGUUACUGGAUUUAGCUUGUUUUUAAUAAAAGUUGAAAUAAAGUA